GCAGCAGGUGAAGGGAAAGGAAAAGAAAAUAAAAGCUCUUUCUUUUCCUUCUCUUUUUCUCUCUUCCCCCGCCGCCCCCCCUCCAGACUCCUCUGUUGAACUCUCUCUCUCUCUCUCUCUCUCUCUCUAACAUUCACAUUCAUUCUUUGCUUCACUCUUUUAAAUCACGAGAUUCCCAUCUAUUUCUCUCUUUCUCUCCCCUUCUCUAUCUCUGCAUGUUUCUUCAAGACCUCUCUCUUCCUGUUUCUCACUCUACAGUAUCACAAAUUGAUGUUGAACAUGUAGGUCCAUGGACCGACGAUGCUGAGAUAGUGGGAGAAGGGGAGAGAACACAGAGACCUUGCGAGAGAAACUGAGAAAUAUACAAACCCAUAUACAUUCAUAGAGAGAGGGAGAGAGUUUAGGUCUGUGUUUGUGUUGAAAAAUGUCGUAUUCUGGGAAAUCCCAAUCAGAACUGGGGUUUGAUACACUCGCCGAUCGGUUUCGAAAAUCACUUAGCUACGACGAUGACGACAAAGACAAUGCCGAUAACACCAACAAGCCCGACUUCCGAGAACUCGAUCUGGGCUCGCCGGUCUCGCCUCUACGGACUCGGACCAGUGGGCUCACCAUCACCACAACCACUACCAGCAGUAGUUCCAGCUCAUCCGGAUCGGUCUCGGGCAGAACAGGACCCAACGUGAUUCCCAGAAGAUCCGAUUCCAACCACUCCGGCGAGCUUUCUGGCUCUGUUGAAAGUUCCCCAACAGCCGGCGGCUCUCGUGGCUUCAAACUGGGCCAUAGAAGGUCAGAUUCGGAUGGGUCACACCCAUUAGCACAUUCUGGUGGGUCAGUGAACUCACCGGCGGUGAAUGUGUUACCAACGGGAAAUAUUUGCCCGUCAGGCAAGAUUUUGAAGACGGGAAUGGCGAGUCGAAGCUCGAGAACCGAUGUUUUGGGGUCGGGAACGGGCAAUUACGGCCACGGAAGCAUCAUGCGAGGUGGUGUCGCCGCCAAAUCGGGUGGUGGAGUCGGUGGCUCUGUCGGUGUCACGAGUUCUAGGGGAGUGGUGGGUGGAGAAUCAUUGAAAAGAGAAAUGUGGAGUAAUGACCCAGAAGAUUUGAAGAGAUUAGGAAAUGAGCAGCACAAGAAGGGUCAUUUUGCUGAGGCUUUGAGUCUUUAUGACAAGGCAAUUGCCAUUUCUCCUGGCAAUGCCGCUUACCAUUGUAACCGGGCAGCGGCAUUGAUGGGUCUCAAGAGAUUGUCAGAGGCAGUGAAAGAAUGUGCAGAAGCUAUUAGGUUGGAUCCAGGUUAUGUGAGGGCACACCAUCGUUUAGGAUCUCUUUUUCUUAGUUUAGGACAGGUUGAAAAUGCCAGGAAGCACCUUUGUUUAACAGGGCAUCAUCCGGAUCCAGGUGAAUUCCAGAAGUUGCAGGCCGUAGAGAAGCAUCUGAACAGGUGCGUGGAUGCCCGGAGGGUUGGUGAUUGGAGAAGUGCAUUGCGAGAAGGUGAUGCCACCAUUGCUUCUGGAGCUGACUCUUCUCCUCAGCUUUUUGCAUGUAGAGCAGAAGCCCUUUUGAAGCUCCACCAACUACAUGAUGCAGAUUUGAGCCUCUCAAACCUGCCUAAUUUUGAGCCAUCUACUCUUUCCUGCUCUCAGGCAAAGUUUUUUGGGAUGCUUUCUGAAGCAUACCUAUUCUUUGUCCGUGGGCAGAUUGAGAUGGCGCUUGGAAGGUUUGAAAAUGCACUUAUGGCUUUUGAGAAAGCAGUACAGAUCGACCCACAGAACAUGGAAGUUUCAGUUUUACUCAAGAAUGUGAAGUUGGUGGGAAGAGCUCGUGCUCGUGGUAAUGAUCUAUUCAAGUCUGAAAGAUUCACAGAAGCUUGCUCAGCUUAUGGGGAAGGUCUCAGACUUGAUCCAUCAAACUCGGUUCUCUACUGCAACAGAGCUGCUUGUUGGUAUAAGCUUGGGCAGUGGGAGCAAUCCAUUGAUGACUGCAACCAAGCUCUUCGUAUCCAGCCCAAUUACACCAAAGCCCUUCUUCGAAGGGCUGCCUCAAACAGCAAGCUUGAGCGGUGGGAAGAAGCUGUGAGAGAUUACGAGGUCUUAAGCAGGGACCUUCCAUAUGACAAAGAGGUUGCUGAAUCCUUGUUCCAUGCACAAGUUGCACUGAAGAAAUCCCGUGGGGAAGAAAUUUUUAACAUGAAGUUUGGUGGGGAAGUGGAGUUAGUAUCAGGUCUUGAGCAGUUUAGAGCUGCAAUUUCUUCACCGGGUGCAUCUGUGGUCCAUUUUAAAGCAGCAUCCAACUUGCAAUGUAAGCAGAUAUCUCCAUUCUUGGAUACACUGUGCAGCCGAUAUCCAUCCAUAAAUUUUCUCAAGGUGGAUGUGGAUGAGAGUCCGACAAUUGCAAAUGCUGAGAAUGUUCGGAUUGUACCAACAUUCAAAAUUUACAAAAGAGGCAGCCGGGUGAAGGAAAUGGUCUGCCCAAGUCCAGAGGUGUUGGAGUACACGGUGAGGCAUUACAGUUUUUGAACACGACUCUACUUGCACAUCUGCUAUUCUGCCAUGUAAUUUGUUGCCUAUCCCUCUUGCUUUCAAACCCCCAGCUUGAUGGAAACAGUCUUUCCUACCCACCAUACGGGGAUUACCCAUCGUUUACCUGUGACAUAAUCAGAGCCAAAUAAUCUAUCUCAUCGGGAGCCAAAUCUGCCAAUGCCACUGGAGCCCAGGGAGAUAGCUUAGUACCCCUUUAGCAGUUUUUAUUUAUUCAUUCAUUCCUCAUUGCUCUCUGGUUCGAACUUCUCCCCUCUCCUUUUCUAUUGCAUUUAUAAUCAUUUUUUCAGACUCUUUUCUCUUCAAUUUCAUUUAGCCACCUUUGUUCUAGUAUCUCUGUGUUUAUGGAAAUUAUUGAGGAUUAUGUACCAUUGAUUAAAUCGGCUCUUCAGAGAGAGAGAGAGAGAGAGAGAGAGAGAGAGAGAUGGCUGGCUGAGGAUGAUAUAUAUAUGUAUAUACACAUAUGAUGAUGUAUACAGAAGCCAUUGUGGGAGAGAAAUUGGAUGACUGGUGGGCGUUUAUUCGGCUAGUGAAAGAAGGAUGAAUAUGAUGGGGAUAUUGGUGCUGUUGAAAGAAGAAUGAAUAUGAUGGUGUUAUUGUUCCUGUUGUUCAUUUACUCAACAAUUUCAUCAAUAAAAUUUCUCAAUUUUUUUUCCAUUUUCCCACCUUCCACAUAUUCACU